UGUGCCAAGAGCUACUCGUUCGGGCCAAGCACAACUUGGCUGAGGCACAAUCGAGUGAAAGUCGCGUCGCGUCUUUCGCCAAGGGGUGGCUUCCGGAGCGCACGUGAGGUCUACCUUCUCUAGAAGGGAGAGAAAAAGAAAGAGAAAAAAAAAACACUUAACUCGAACGGAGUGAAAGUCGGAGGAACAGUAGAAAAUAAGGACAAAUUGACUGUCUCGAGAUGGAUGGAACGAAGAAUUCACUUCGGUGCGGAUUGCGUGGCACGGAGAAUAGUGGUGGUGAGAAUACGGUGACUGAGUGCUGAUCUUAGAUUGUGGACGGGAUGAGACUUACGAGGAACAGACGGUCGCUACUCAGAGCUGCAUUACGAGAUAAAUGUUCGCGCGGUAGACCGGAAACAGUUACAAAUCGCCAGAGGAAUCGCCGCACACGGAGCACGGCAGACUGAGAAUGUCCAGAGGCCAAGGAGGGUGGUCUGACGAGCCUUGCACUUCUGGCAGUGCAAGUCGUCGCAGUGGAGCACGGCAGACGGCGGGAUCUUCGAGAUCGGCAUCUUCUGCCUUGGAAGAACGAGCUUCCGGUAUCACGCCGUGUAAAGGUGGCUUCAGAUUAGGGGUCUAUGGCUGGAGAAAAAAAUGUCUUUAUUCUCUCGUGUUAACUCUUAUGGUCAUCGUCAUUCUCAAUCUCGCCCUCACUGUCUGGCUUCUUAAGGUCAUGGGAUUUAGUUCCGAAGGUAUCGGCUCGCUAAAAGUGGUGCCUGGGGGAAUCGAGCUAAGAGGUCAAGCUGCCGUGUUAGACGCCCUCAUAGCCUCCAGCCUGAGAUCUCGGAAGGGCAAAAACUUAGUGCUGGAAUCAUGGAGUAAUUUUACGGCCUCGGCGAGAUCUCACGAUGGUCGGCUUCUCGCGCGAUUAACAGUUGGGGAAGAUCGCGUCGACUGUGUGUCUAGAGGUUUCCGAAUAACUGAUCCAAGAGGAGGUGUGCUCUUUUCCGCGGAUAGAGAACAAGUUAUCGUGGGAGCGGAAAUGUUAAGGGUGACCGGUGACGGUGGUGCCGUUUUCCAAGGGAGUGUGCAGACUCCGCUAGUCAGAGGAGAAUCGGGACGCGGUCUUAAGCUCGAAUCAGCAACAAGAUCCUUGAAGAUAAGUGCUCCUCAGCGGGUGGUGAUCGAGUCCUGGGCGAACGAGAUUUCAGCUUCUUGCCUGACGGAUUUGAAACUGCAAAGCGUUCAUGGAGCCAUCCGGCUUGAUGCCAAGUCUGUCUAUAUAAAGGGCCUGAAGACAGCGAUCCCGGUACAAGGACACUCAUCCAGGGAGCAACAGCAACAGCAACAACACUCUGGCAGAUCCUCGUCCGUUCAUCAAAGCCAAAAGGAGACGACCAUCUAUCAGCUAUGUGCCUGCGCAAGCGGCAAGCUAUUUCUCGCUAGGCCGGACGGCAGUUGUCAGGCCGACAAAUCGAUUUGCUAAUACAAUUACGUGAUUCAACGAUGUAUUGCGAAAGCGCAGAAUGAUUCAUUAGGAAUCAUGGUGAACUGUGUAACUCGGUGAUCUUAGCAACAAAGAGAGAGAGAGAGAGAGAGAGAGAGAGAGAGAGAGAAAGAAAGAAUGGAAAAUGCACUACGAUCGGCUAUCGGCGCGAUCGGGGACGAGGCCUUUAUUGGAACACUGCAAACGAUAUCAAACGAAUCUACCCGCGCCAAACGGGUAAAGAUGCCCCCAAAGUGCAAUGUGUCAGUAUAUUCGCAGCGAAGAAAGAGUUAGAGAGAGAACUUGGUAAAUAUGGAUAGUCGAAGCUAUAAUUAAUUAUUCCCAGCACGCGCUAUUUUUCAAUGAACGCGGCGUACGAUACGCCUUCAAGUGCCGGGUGUCCUUCGAGAAUCUCUGGUUUACUUAGGUUUAUUUAGGGCCUAAUCGAGUUAACAAGCGGCGUCGCACCUCCCCCAAAGUGCAUACAUGUCAAUUAAAUGGAAUUGCAUCGAGCGCUUUUCUCCUUUUUUUUCUCCCCCGUAUUUUACAGUUCAACGUCAGUCAUAUUUAAUUGAGUUGUUGUAUAAGGGCACAAUCGGGUGUUGUUGCGGCUUCAAUCCCGCGCUUAAGGCACACGUCAAUCUUUCCUAGUCACGGUGCGGCAUUUUACGGCACGAGCCAAUCUUCGUUCCGUAAAAUAUCCGACCGAUCCGGCGGCGAGACGCGUGAAUAAACGCGUUGGGCGUUUCCCUCGCAGCGGGGAACGCAGCCGUCGCGCGGGCAUAAAGGGAAUUCUCGCGAGGUCUUGACCCGAAAAAUUUUCUCGAAUUCACAGGUAUUCGAGGAAUUCUCUCUGAAGAAUAUUCUUCCAAACGGCGUACACCAAGAGGUCUUCCCUUUAACUUUUUCUCGCGCCAGCGCCAUCGGUCAAUGGCAACAGAGGGAGAGCGCGAGAUUCUCGCCGAAAGUCACCGUCUUGCAUUGUAAAAGACGUCUCGCAAUGCGACAUUUCCUCGCCGUUUUGUGGCGCGCUCACUCGCUCGGCAUCCUUGAAUUUGGCUCGAACUUGUAUAUUUCUUCUCCCAGCGGAGCGACAUUUGUCGGGGGACUCAAGAUAUCUAUCGGGGAUCCAGAAGAAAUCAGAUCCCCAUGAUACCGCGGAUAAAACGUGUAUUACUAUGUGUACGUAGCACUGUCGCCGAUGCUACUCCACGACGUGCGAUACUCGGAUCGAAUUCUCAUCUUACGUUUGUUGUUAAAAUUCAUCAUAAGAUCCUUAAUCUUAAUCCUUCGUCUACAAUCUGGUUUCUUUCGGCACAAGCAAAGUUUUAUUUUCGAAGUUCUCCAAAAUAAAAGAGGGCGGUGUCUACUCUCCUC